CAACUGGAUAAACUUGAAGCAAACCUUCAUCAAAUAAAUGAUGAUAUCUCAGCUGUUACAAGUGACAUUACCAAAAUGGAACGCUGUUGCUGUUUCCCGAAAAUAUGUUUCUCUCUGAAGCGUCUUCGUCGGAACAAGGACAAGGAGAACGAUGUAUUAACCGAUACUGUGGUCGAAGGUGAAAUUGAAGACAACCUUCGACAUGUUAAUGAGACCCUCGAUAACAUCAAACAUUUGGCUGCUGACAUAAAUGUGCAGUUGAGCAUUCAGGAGCCCAAAAUCGACCGAAUACAGACCCUGAUGGAAACAAGCGAUAUAGCAAUGGAUGGUGCUAACGAAAAAGUAAAACGGCUACUCUCAGUUUGA